ACGGGCGCUAGCGAGAUAAGUUGGUAACUAUUCAGUCACACAACUAUAACGAAACGCUUCGAAAGCGAUGGAAAACUGUCUCGUGGAAAUCCCCUCGGAAAAUUGGCCAGAAUUACGCAACUUAUACCGGAACAAUUGGCCAGAGCACGUGUAUGCGUAUGGUAUCGUGAAUAACUAUAUUCGGUGGAAAAGCUCGGAUCACAGUGAUCAUCUUGGCGUGAAAAUUCUUUCAUUGAAUGGACGGUGGAGGGAGAACGGCACUUUCCUGUUAUUUGAUGAUUUCGAAAUUUAUUUUUACUCGCUCGAUGUCCAAACGGUUUACCAGUCUCUAACGGAAGCUCUGUGUCUGGUACCGUGGGAAUCAUAUUCUGAAGUUAGUAUGGAUUUUAUGGAGCAACACCGCAUAGCCUUGGACAAAGCGAUAUCUAUGAGGAAGUUGAACGUAGUGCAAGACUCCAUAACAAAUUUCUAUUAUAUAUCGAAGGAAAAUGCGAAUACUCUUCUCGUCGAACGUCCCGUUGAACUUCGAUUUGAUCGAAUUUCAGUUGAAUAUCUAGACUACAUCUACAACCAAUGGGCUUUGAAGGAGAGCAUUAGUCAGUCGUCUGGAUAUAAUCUCCUGAAACGGCUUAUCUUGCUGAAUGACAGUGUUGGUCUCUUCGAUGAAGCAGGAAAUUUAGUCUCUUGGUGUUUACGGGACCAAUCGGGGGCCUUAUCAGAUCUGCAGACUAGUGAACCUUAUUUUCGGAAAGGCUAUGGGCGAGCCGUGGUGUCCGAGCUGGCGCGGCGUCUUUCACAGUUGGGGGACGAUUCGUACGCUCUUGUGUUCAGCAGCAAUUACAAAUCUUGUAGGUUAUUCGAAGUCGCCGGAUUUCGGAAAAUGUGUCAUGCCCAUUGGGUUGUGGUUAGACAGAUGGGUCAAUCAUAAUCUUGGAAAGACGACGCUUAUAAAACUAAAGCGCAAUAUUAAUAUUAGUACAGCAUAUACUUAUGUAAAUCCGUAGAGAAAGUAAACAAAGAGAGGCUCUCAAUGCUACUUACAUCCUAUUCGAAA